AUGGCGUGCGACAUUAUAUCAACACAAUUGCUGACUGUGUCGGCCGCAGAUGGGUUGGUAAAACCGCACGAUAUGAACGCCUGGGCCGUCGACGCCUCGAACCUUCCUGGCCAGGACAAUGGGGCUUUCAAUCCAUCCACUAUCGAUCCCUCUGCCGCUUUUCUCCAUGCCUCUCCAACUCCUCAAGACCCUAAUCAGUUCCAGCGCAUGUUCAAUGGCGUGCCGCGGAAUGCUUCCCCCGGAUUUCAUAACCCUAACCAGGUGAUUCCAUCAAAACGGCCCCGACCAGAAGAUGGGAUGCCGAUGUCUCCGCGACCUGCCCCUGGCGGUGUCACUGGAUCGCGAUCGCAGACCCCUCAAGUCCCUUACCCUGGCUACCAAGGUCCGGCCAAUGGAACACCGCAAUUUCCUCAACACCCCACUCCUUAUCAACAUCUCCAACAGUCAGGCUCUCCCAACGUGACCCAGUCGCCGGUCAUGCAAGAUUUUGACCAGCAAAGCGUCCGCAUGGGUACAGCCUCUCCAAGUCCCUUUUCCCCCGCGGGUCCACAUAUUGGCCCUCAUAUGUCUCCAUCACAGUCGGAUCAUGGGAGCCGAGUCAAUACACCGCAGAAUGCCAAUUUCAUGCCAGGCCAACCAUUCUCACAAGGUAUGGCUCCUCAGUUCCAACAAGGACCUGGUAUGACCUCGGCUGCUCCUCAACAAUCCAUGCAAGCGCCACAGCUCGGUGGUAUGCAACAAGUACCACAGGGAUAUCACCAAGCACUGGCAGCCCAGCAGCACCGACUCCAGGCAAUGCAAAUGCAAAACCGACAGAUGAAUGCUCAUCCACAGAUGGGUGCGCGUCCUGUUGCUAGUAACAUGAACCCGAUGGCAAAUCCCCAGCAGAUGGCUGCCUACCGACAUAUGCAGCAGCAACAACAGCAACAGCAACAGCAACAGCAUCAACAGCUGCAGCAGCUGCAGCAGAAUGUGCAAAAGCCGGGUAACCCAGAAGGAUUUAUGCGGGCAUUACAGAAAUUUAUGAUGCAACGAAAUCUCCCUUUUGAUACGAAUCCAAUAAUUAGCGGUCGUCCUGUCAAUCCAGUGCAAUUAUAUGGAACGGUCAUGAAGAUGGGUGGAUCAAAGAAAGUUACCGCGGUAAAUGCUUGGCCUGCGGUUGCGCAACACCUCCAGUUUCCUCAGAUGCAGUUCCCUAUGGCCGUCCAGGAGCUCCGAGAAUAUCACCAGAGGAAUUUGGCUCCCUAUGAGCAAGCGUUCAUUAAUUCCCAGCAAAAACAGUUUGUUGAGAUGCAGCAGCAGCAGCAGCAGCAGCAGCAACAACAACAACAACAACAGCAGCAGCAGCAGCAGCAGCAGCAGCAACAGCAGCAGCAGCAUCAUCAUCAACAACAACAACAACAACAACAACAACAACAACAACAACAACCGCAAGCGCAACACCAGCCGCAUCAACAGCCACACCUCCAACAGCAAGUCGGAAUUCCCCGCCAGCCGAGUGAUGCGUCAGCCAUGCAAUUCCAGUCCCCUGUUGUCAAACCAGGCCAAGGCUUCGAGCAACCACAGCAAAUGUCCCACUCUUCUCAAAAUAAUAGCCCUAUCCCCAAUCAGGCCCAAGCCCCGCCAGUUAAUGGGUUUGCAACACCAACGCAAUCUGGACAUCGCCUCAGUGUUUCCCGCCAAUCACAACCCCCACAGCCGCCAGCCGACGCGUCAGGUCAAUUUACCGCGCCCUCGCCUUCGCAGCAAACCAAAGCCGCAUCGGCCACACCUGUUCCACAGCCUGUUCAAGUGGAAGCUAAGCUUGAGCAAGUGACAAAGGUACCUAUUGAGGAGCUUUUCAAGCCUAUGGUCAUCACCGAGCAUAAAUUCCACGGUCCCAUCGUGGUGGACGAAAUGUACACGGUUGGUGAUGAUAUUCUGAAGCUGAAGCCCACUGUGCCAGCCUUUGUUGAACUGGGGGUGGUGGAUAUUCAUGCCAUCACCAUGAGCGUCAAGUCUGGGAUUCAGGCAGAAGUUCGGGUAGCCUUGGACACUCUCACCACUCUCUCAAAUGAACCCGGAGUUCCGAUCAUGCUCGAAAAUUGUGACGACUUGGUGGAGAGCUUGGUUGACUGCGCCCAGGAUCAAGCCGAUUUUCUGGCUGCUCACAUUCCCGAAGUGACCGAUGUCAUGCGAUUACGUUCCUACGAAGAGGUGACUCGUGGUUGCCAGGCAGAACUUACAGAUUUGGCAGAUGUCCCCGCAUUUGGCAGCACCGAAUAUCAUCUAGACCGAGCCGUUGAACGACUGAUAUGUAUCACUACCAUCUUCCGCAACUUCUCUUUCCUUGAACCAAACAUGGGGAUCCUGGGCAUGCCCGAUGUGACUCAAAUUUUCGCGGACGUCUUUCGCUACCUUGGAACUCGCAAAAUGUUCCUGCGGACCAACCAAAAUACCUUGGAUUUCAUGAAAGAUGCGGUGGUUUUUAUGAGCAACUUGGCCCACGUUAUGCAAAUACCCGGCAAGGAGGAAGCCCAUAGCCUGUUGAACUUCCUUCUCGCAUUUGCGCCCUCCCCGGAGCCUACUUCGAACCCAGACAAAUUGAUGUUCACUACAUUCAAUCCCUCCAUCCACCGAUACACACCAGCUGCCGUGGACGGUCUGGCCAAGCUGUUGGCGCGCGAUGACCCCAAUCGAAUCUAUUUUGGGUCUAUCUUUGCCGGUGAUGGCUCUGUUCCCCGCAACCAGAUCUCCUUACCCGCGCUUUUGGCCUGGCCAUCUGGUCUAUUGGCCGCGGAUGUGUUGGCCACGUUUUCAGACGGACCUCUGGCAAGAUCAUGGCUCACAUCUGAGGAUGGAUUUGCUAUCCACCUCUUGAAACUCUCUUAUCUGCUUUGCAGUGAACGCAUGCCCCAUCUUACCAACCUCCGUACAAGAGGCCCUCACGAUGCCGACGCCUAUGCGUUCACUUCCAUCAUCCAUCGUAGCUUGGCUAUCCUACGCCGACUCGCAGAGAAAUCGAAACAAGUGGAUAACACAUUCCCACUUAAGAUUCCUCCCGGUGUUAUUCCUCGAAAGGAAAGCUUACUCGGUGCCCUAUUGCUGUCGAACAUGGACCCGACCAUCAUUCGUCACUUCCUCACAUAUGCUCGUCUCGCGGAGUAA